ACUAUCUAUAUAUUCUUGUAAACAAACUACCUUUAGUUACUUUUAGUCUUCCGAAUUAAUUUUAUUAGACAACGCUCCACUCCUAUUCCUUUAUUAUCUAUGAUUGUGAUAAAUUUAUUAAUGAAAGUAGGCCAUUAUUAUAAUAAUAUCUUACCUAUUAAGUUUUUCUGAUCUGUGAAAGUAACCUCGAUAUACCUACAAGCAAAGAAAUCUAUUAAUCAAGUAAUAAAUACCUUCGUAGAAUUUAUAUUACCAAGUCUCAAAAUAUAACUACUUCCAGAACAAUCCGUUUACUUCGAAGAAACUUCCGUUUACUUGCAGAAAUUCAUUGCAUUAUAUUUAUAUACCGGUAACCUAAGUUCUUUAUAGUUUAGAAAAAUAUGGAAACUGAUGUUUUGGUACCAAUAGAAUCCAACCCUGAGGUUAUGACUAAAUUUCUUCAAAAACUGGGAGUUCCUCCCGACUGGAGCAUACUGGACGUAAUCGGUUUAGAUGCCUUAAGCCUGUCUUGGGUUCCUCGCCCGGUUAUUUCUGUCUUGCUCCUAUAUCCUAUAUCUGCAUCUAGUGAAGAACAUAAAAAGAAAGAAGAAAGUGAAAUCUUGUCUAAGGGCCAAGAAAUUUCAAGUAAUGUUUUUUAUAUGAAACAGUGUCUAAGUAAUGUUUGUGGAACUAUAGCUCUCGUCCAUAGUGUAGCUAACAAUCUUGAUAAAAUACAACUUGCUGAUGGUUAUUUGAAAAAGUUCUUAGAUGAAGCCAGAACACUGGAUCCUGAUGAACGAGGAAUUCUCUUUACAAAAUCUGCAAAUAUUAUUAAUGCUCAUAAAGAAUUGGCUGAAGAAGGUCAAACAAAUUCCAGCCCUGAAGAUCUUGUGAAUCAUCAUUUUAUAGCAUUUGUGCACAAAGAUGGGAUGUUGUAUGAAUUGGAUGGCAAUAAAGCUUUCCCUAUAAAUCAUGGACCUACUACUGCAGAAAAUCUCUUAGAAGAUGCUGCAAAAAUUUGCAUGGAAUUCAUAAAUCGUGAUCCUGAUGAAGUUCGUUUCACAGUGAUGGUAUUAUCAGAAUAUGAAUAAAAUAAAGAUUAUUAACUUUAGUAAAUUUAAAAUUGUACUCUUACUUAUUAAGUGUUAAAUAAUUCUUUUUGUGAUACAUAUAUUAUUUAUUUUAAAUUUUAUUAAAUGAUGAUUAUAUA